AUGAGGCCUCUAAGUGUACGCCGGAAGCCCAGAUCCUCAAUACACCGGACCUUCCCACCGUCCACGAAGAUUGUUGGUGGUGAUAAUGCGCCAGAAAAAGCGAUACCAUACCAGGCGUCCUUGAGGCAGUUAUCCAACGCCCACUUUUGUGGUGGUGCCAUAUUGAAUGAACGAUGGAUCUUGACAGCUGCACAUUGCGCUGUAGAAUUCUCCGCCGAAACCAUUAAAGUGGUGGUAGGAUCUAACAAAAUAGUGGGUGACGGACAAAUAUACGACGUAGAAGAAGUCAUUAUCCACGAGGAUUACGAUGAUAAAAAAAUUAAAAAUGAUAUAGCUCUUAUCAAAGUUUCUACGGAUAUCGAGUUCAGUGAUAAGGUCCAGCCAAUUGCUUUACCGACUAAGAAUACGAAACCAGGAGCGAAUGUUUUGCUAUCUGGAUGGGGACGUGAAGAGGAUGGCGACGUAGGAAUUCCUAACGAUUUACAAAUGAUCAACCAAACUGUAAUAAGUGUUCUGUCUUGUAAAAUAGUUUUCACAAAUAUAAAUCAGAUCGUCGAUAGUGAGAUUUGUACUCUUACCCUAAAAGGAAAUGGCUCUUGUCAGGGAGACUCCGGUGGACCUUUAGUAGAAGAUAAUGCAGUAGUUGGCAUAGUUUCGUGGGGAUUGAGCUGUGAAGACAAAUAUCCAGAUGUCAACACUAGAGUUUAUUCCUACGUCAAUUGGAUUAAAAAACAUAUUUCUUAAGAUAUGAAGUGACCAUUUUGAUUAUGUAUUUAGAUUGUAGAUGUCCUAUCGCAAGAUCUACAUUAUUUAUUUUGUAUAAUUAUUGAAUUUCUUUCAAAGGUCCUAUAUCUGUAAUAUCAUAUUGACUUACGUGCUUAAUAAUAAACGUGCUAGGAUCAUUGAGUUAAUGUGUAGUACAUAAUAUUAACUCAAUGGCUAGGAUACUUUUAUCCAGUAAUUUUCCUUAACAUGCCAGAUAAUUUAAUUUUUUCCUUUUAUGUAAUCUUAAAGUAACUACGCAGUGUUUUUUAUAUUAUGACGACGUCACU